UAUAUCUGCAGACUCUCCAACUGAUUCCAGAAUUCUGACAAGCGACAUGACACCCAGCUGGCACGGUUUAGAAAAUCAUUAUUUUGCAACAGACAAUUAAUCAGGUUUUUGCAAAAAUCUGCCUGGAUUGAUAUUAGCCGAACGGCUUAUAUAUAAUAUCGAUUAUUUCAGACUGUUACAAAGAAAAGGGAAACGAUACGAUAAAUAAUACUCUCUCUCUCUUUCUCUCUCUCACCCCAUAUAUAUAUAUAUACAUAUCUUCAAUAAAUACAUAUUAGUAACUCUCAUGAUAUAAGAACUUUCUGGAAUCUUAUUACCUCUCAAGGUCGCAUUCUGUUUUAAUUUUCACCAUGACUUGCUUGAAAGGAAAAUAGUAAAUUUUCUAAAUCUAUGAACACGCACAAAUCCUAAACAGAGAGAAAAAUACUUCUUAUUAUUAUCAUUAUUAUUAUUGUUGUUGUUGUUAUUGGUCUAUCCUUACGUGAUACCAAUAUUUUACCAUAAUCUUUCCAGGAUUAUAAAUAAUUCCUUCAAUAUUACAAAGAUGAAUUUUGAAGGGAAUUUAACACUUUUCAAUGAAGAUUCAUUGGAUUCGAAAUCCCUGCCUCCAUGGCUCCUACUCUUUGGCAAUUCCACAGAUAAUUUUACAGAUGACAUAGAUUUUUAUCAAAAUGACACCGAACGAAAAAGGCAAUCUAACGAAUUUCUCAGCCAUAUAUUUCCCUUAAUAAUGGUUGCCUGCUACGGUUUAGUAUUCGUGGCUGGCAUUGCAGGUAACUGUUUAGUUAUUUAUGUGGUUACCAUGUUCUCCAAAAUGAAAACCGUUACUAAUAUGUACGUUGUGAAUUUGGCAGUUGCUGAUGUACUAUUCCUCAUGAGUAUGCCAUUUCUCAUGACUACAACUAUCCUGAAAACCUGGAUUUUUGGAUACGGCAUGUGCAAGAUCUAUAUGAUAUUGGUUUCCAUCAAUUAUUUCACAGGAAUAUUUACAUUGACCAUAAUGAGUGCUGACAGAUACAUGGCGGUGUGUCAUCCCGUCCAGUCAGUCUCGAUCCGAACGCCGAAACUCGCUUUUAUUCUGUGUCUAUGUAUAUGGAUAGCGUCCGUAUUGACCAUGAUGCCAACUUUCCUCUACUCGAAAACUGUGCUGAAAUCUAACAAAAAGGGUAUCACCUGUGCUAUUUUAUGGCCAAGUGACAAACAUACCGAAGGGACUAAAGCGUUUAUUUUGUACUGCUUCUUUUUGUCGUACGCCAUUCCAAUGGUUCUGAUAUCGUUCUUUUACAUUAUGGUAAUACUUCGCCUCAGUAAAUUAGGCCCAGCCAAUAAACAGAAAGAAAAGAAAAAAUCUAACCGCAGGGUAACUAAAAUGGUACUGGCCAUUAUCGGUGUAUACAUGAUGUGUUGGCUACCAUACUGGACAUUACAAAUCAUCAUAAUUGCCAAGGCAUCGUUCUGGAGACCAUCGUUCUGGGGAAUUACUGCGUUUCAUCUGUUCACGUUCCUAACUUUAGCGAACAGUAUGAUGAACCCAUUCCUGUACAAUUUCCUUAGCGACAAUUUCCGUAAGAGCUUUUCAAAAGCCUUUAAAUGCGUAUCGAAAUUCGAAGUCAGUAAAUCUCUGACGGCAGAAAACAGUAUGUGUCCUCGAAACAACCAAUGCACGGAAUUAACCAAAUUUGACGAAGAUGAAUGCCAAAAUUACGAAAUGAAGGUUACGAAACAACAGAACACCAUUGUCAAAGUGGAAAAUACAUUUGCUCAAGCAGAGAAAGAGACAAAUAUCGAAAGUGAGAAAUCGAAUGUGAAACAAAUUGUAAAUGACAUUGAAGAAACUUCUGGCGACAAGGAAAUUCUACAAAAUAGUGUCCUGUGAGAAGUUAUUCCUUGCCAGAAGAAAUUACCAAUAAAAUGAAAUAGAUAAAUAAUAAUAAAAUCUUUAAGACUUGAAUAAAAAAAAUAACAAAAUUGAUAAUGAUGAUGAUGAUGAUAACGAACAGGUGGAGAAAGAGAGUGUUGUUUCAGGAAUUAUUUCUUGUUACAAGAAAUAGACAUGAAAAAUAUUUAAACAAAAAAAUAUAUAUAUAAAUCUGGAAUAAAAAAGAAACAGUAUAUGUUAUUACAACUGUGAUGAUGAUGAUGAUCAUGAUGAUUUCGACGACUACCACGACGACAAUGAUAUUGGUGUUGAUACUAAACACUAUGUCGUGUUGACAACUUACUGAAAUACAACAAAAAAAAUUAAGAAAACAAAUUUGAUAUUAUGGAGUCACAACCAUAAAUGGCGAAUUAUACAAACGUUUCAAAGUAACACCGUUUUACUUCUCAAAGAACAAAUAAAUAAAAAACAAAAAGAAAACAUGAAUUAAAUAACAAAAGAACACAAUAAAAAUAAUAUUUCAAGUAUAAUAAUUA